AUGUCCGCUCCUUCUCUCACCAACUACAUCGUCAAGCGCCCUUGGCUCAAGCGCUGGAUGAUGCCAAUUGCCAAUUGGUACACCGACGCCUCCGGCUACAGAAGACUCGGGUUGAAGUUCGAUGACCUGAUCCCCGAGGAGAGCGAAGUUGUCCAGACAGCCAUCAAGCGCCUGCCUCCUAAGGAGGCUUAUGACCGCGUCUUCCGUAUCCGCAGAGCUUUCCAGUGUUCCGUUUCUCAUACCCUCCUCCCUGCUGCUGAGCAGACCAAGCCCGAAGAGGAUGUCGAAUACCUGAGCCCCAUCAUCCGCGAGAUCGAGAAGGAGAACAAGGAGCGUGCGGACCUCGACUCCCUUGUAGUCAAGCGCCGGUAA